GAAACAACAGACGAGGCUAUUUGCUGUCAUCUACAAAGUCGGUGAACAGAAACGUGGCUGAUCUGACAGCUUUACGCACAAUUUGAAGAAACCUCGUAAAGCUGAGAAGGCAGGAGUGAACAGUUUCCUUCACUUCACGCUCACCCUGUGGGACUCUUUCCUGAAGAGGCCAAGAGAGUGGAGGAACAGGGUCGGCUGGAUCAUCAGCUGCUCUGAGACGCACAAAACCGGUAUGAGGUGUUUUCUCUCCGGCUUGAUGUCUUUGGUUUUAUACAAAGAGAGCCUCCAAGGAAUCACCUGUCGAGAAACAUGCGUCUCCUACGCCGCCGUUUGUCUCCUCUAAAGCUGGUCCUCCUUGGCGGAACUCUUUUUAUGGUGGUCCUGGUGGUCCUCCACAGGGAUGUUGGUUCCUCAAAUACUGGAGACCCCUGGCUACAAGACCUGGCCAACAAACGGGACGAAGUGAUGGUCAUGGUGCGAAAGGCAGUGAAAAACAUUGGCUUCCAGAUCGGAGCUCCACAGCCACCACCUGUGCAGGCACUGCCCACAGAAGACGCUAAAUGCCCCUCUGGAUUUUACACUCGGUCUGAACUCAAACCUCAUCUGGAGAGGCCGCCGCAGGACCCUCAAAGCCCCGGGGCUGAUGGGAGAGGGUUUGUGAAGGAUAAUAUGACUCCUGAGGAGCAGAAGGAAAAGGAGGAGGGUAUGACGAGGCAUUGCUUUAACCAAUUCGCCAGUGACCGGAUCUCGCUUAGCCGCAGUCUUGGAGAUGACACAAGACCUCCUGAGUGUGUGGACAGGAAAUUUCCUCGCUGCCCUCCUCUGCCUACCACCAGUGUCAUCAUUGUCUUCCACAAUGAGGCUUGGUCUACGCUCCUGAGGACAGUCUACAGUGUUCUUCAUACAUCUCCCGCCAUCAUGCUGAAGGAGAUCAUAUUGGUUGAUGAUGCCAGUACUGCAGAGCACCUAAAGACAAAGCUGGAGGAGUUUGUGGAGCAGUUUAAGAUUGUUCGUGUCGUCAGGCAGCCAGAGAGAAAGGGCCUCAUCACAGCCAGGCUGCUGGGAGCCAGCAUAGCUACAGCUGAGGUGCUCACCUUCCUUGAUGCCCACUGUGAGUGUUUUCAUGGUUGGUUAGAGCCUCUCUUGGCCAGAAUAGUUGAAGAACCCACCGCUGUAGUCAGCCCAGAGAUCACCACCAUUGACCUCAACUCCUUUCAGUUCAACAAGCCUGUGGCCACCAACCGUGCAUACAACCGAGGUAACUUUGACUGGAGCUUGACCUUUGGCUGGGAGCCGAUACCCGAAGAAGCAAGGAGUCUCCGCAAGGAUGAAACCUACCCUGUAAAAACACCUACUUUUGCUGGAGGCCUUUUCUCAAUCUCAGCGAAGUACUUUGAGCACAUUGGAACUUAUGAUGACAAGAUGGAGAUCUGGGGCGGAGAAAAUGUUGAAAUGUCCUUCAGGGUGUGGCAGUGUGGGGGUCAGCUGGAGAUCAUCCCUUGUUCAGUAGUGGGCCAUGUUUUCCGCACCAAAAGCCCACACACCUUCCCUAAAGGCACUGAGGUCAUCACUCGCAACCAGGUGCGCCUGGCUGAAGUCUGGAUGGAUGAUUUUAAGAAGAUCUUCUAUCGCCGCAACAAAAACGCUGCAGUGAUGGCCAGUGAGAAUAAAUAUGGUGACAUCUCUGAUCGCCUCGAGCUGAGGAACAGGCUUCACUGCAAGAACUUCACCUGGUACCUGAACACCAUCUACCCAGAGAUCUUCAUUCCUGACCUAAAGCCAGAAAAAUUUGGAGCUAUCAGAAACUCAGGAUCUAGAACCUGCCUGGAUGUCGGAGAGAACAACCAGGGAGGUAAAGCUGUGAUCAUGUACCCGUGUCACAACAUGGGAGGAAACCAGUACUUUGAGUACUCAUCCCACAAGGAGUUGCGUCACAAUAUUGGAAAGCAGCUGUGUCUCCAUGCCAACGAUCAAUCAGAGCCAGUGAAGAUUGAGCAGUGCCAGCUGAAGGGGAGGGGUACCAGUUUGUCACCACAGCAAGAGUGGAUCUUUACAGAGGAAGGUCUUCUGAAGAAUCCAAGUGGUGGGAAAUGUUUACAACUGAGAGGGGAUAAGGUUCAGAUGGACCCCUGUAAUCCUGCAGAUCCCUUCCAGCACUGGAGUUUCAGCUGACCUGCCAGUCUCCUCUUCAGUUGAUCUCUGGAUAUUUGUGUCCCAUCCCUGUUAUCAGACUGAGCAGCUUGGACCUGAAGCACUACAGAGCCAGAAGGAUGCGCUGAAAAGCUUUGGGCGAGUGGCAUUACUGAUGAGCAGAAGAAAAUGGAGGACAAUCUAAAGACGAUUUCUGAUUUAGAGGAAGAAAAAAAAAGGAAACCUUUAACUGGGUUUAACUAUUGUUAUUUUAUUUAUGGAUGGAACUCAGGAAACUCUUAUUACUGUGGUUGGGGGAACUUUUGACUUGUGAACUCGGUGAUGGCUGUGAGCUGCAAUCACUUCAAUUCAUUUGUUUUACGCUCAGAUGGAAAAUAAUGGACAUUAAUGUAAUUCUUAUUUGAUCAGAUGACUGUGAAAAUGUUAUAUUACAAAAAGAUGAGACAUUAAGAUAUUUUUUAAAAUUUUUAGUUUUAUAAAUAGCAUUUUUAUUUUUAGUGAUAAAUCAUUUUCACUUUAGCCAUCUAGAAAAAAAAUUCAAAAAGUCUUGCUAGUGAAAAUGGUCUGUAAAAUGUUUACUUUACUUGGAUGAAGUAAAAAUAGGUAAAAUAUUGUCUAUUUUAUAUACUGAAGGAUGCAUGUUUAUAUGAAUACUACAAUUAUUAAACCGAGAGUU